AUGACAGAAGAUAUUACAUUUUCAGAUGAUCCAACUAUUCAAGAAUUACAAUCUUGCUGUUUAAUAUAUGAGAAUUUGGAAGUAGAUUAUGAGAAUUUAAGUGGAUCCAUAAAUAUUCCUAUCAAGAUUGAACAAGGUAAAAAUUUAAAUUUGUACCAGAAAGAUCCGAAAAACGAGAAAUUAAUACUAUUGUCGACUAAGGAGAUACAUAGUUUGCCACCUAUCAACUUGAAAUUUAAACUUCCAAAUGGGUACCCGCAUGAAGUUCCGCCAAGUAUAACAAUUAGCUCUUCAAGUUUAAGCAUAGACAAUGCCACUAAAUUGAAAAGCAGCCUAAUACAGUUGUGGGAUGACAUCAAAGACACAGUCAUAUUCAACUUUAUAGAUCAUAUCCAAGAUAUAGUUCAAAAUUCAUUAGACGAAUUAUUGCCCUCCACAAUCGACGUCGAAGAUUAUGAAGAAUUCAACACAAUAUUAAAACUUGAUAGUAAAUCCAAAACGGACGAGUUCAAUUCUCAAACUUAUACCUGUGAAAUUUGUCAAACUGAAAAUAAGGGACUUGUAUGUACAAAAUUUGAGGAAUGUAAUCAUGUAUUUUGCAAUGAAUGUUUAACUGGAUUUUUCACUUCAACAAUUCAAGAAGGUGAUAUAAAUAAAAUUCAUUGUCCUGAAUAUAAUUGUAUGAAAGAAUAUACUAAAAAAAGAGAUGAAUUAAUUAAAUUAGAGUCAUGGAUGUUGAAUGAUAAAAACUUAAAAGAUGUUGUGAUUAAUUUAUUUACACCAAAUGUUCCAAUAAGUCAAUUAAAAGUGUUAUUAUCACAACAACUUAUUGAUAAAUAUUUACAACUAUUUAAAAAAUCUCAAUUUGAAUUACUUAAAAAAUUACUACCAAACAGAUUAGUAGAAUGUCCAAGAAUAGGAUGUGAAGAAAUCAUAUUCAGAGAAGACCUUAAUGAAAAAUUAGUAAUUUGUAAAAAAUGUAAAUAUGCAUUUUGUAAUGAUUGUAAAAAUUCUUAUCAUGCAAGAUUUAAAAAAUGUAUUAAAUUACAAGAAAAUGAAAAAUAUGAAGGUAUACCUAUAGAAGAUUUAAUAAAUUAUCAAUUUAUGCCUCAGGGAUCUCAUGAGAAAAAAAUUUUACAUGCAAAAUUUGGUAGAAAUAAAGUAUUAAAAGCUAUUGAUGAAUAUCAAAUGGAUAAAUUAUUUGAACAAAUGUUAAAGGAAGGAACUGAAUUAAAAGAAUGUCCUGGUUGUGGAGCAGUUAUUGAAAAAAGUGAUGGUUGUAACAGAAUGAAAUGUAGUGAAUGUCGUACUUGUUUUUGUUUCAAUUGUGGUGUUCAAAUAGAUAAUACUUAUGAUCAUUUUUCUGAUCCUACAUCCCCAUGUUAUAGACUAUUAUUUUUUGGAAUGGCAGGUGUAGAAGAUUAA